GAAGCUUCUGACAGACCGAGACGACAACAAAGCACGUAGCUGAUUUUUCUGCCAGCUUGCAGCUCGUGUCGAAACUUUAUCAUCAUGUUGGAUUUUGCUAUAUUUGCAGUGACAUUUUUGGUGGCAUUGCUCGGAUUGUUGAUAUAUCUCUACCCGGGAUCUGCUAAGCCGAGUACCAUUCCUGGUUUGGAGCCUACAACACAUGCAGAUGGAAACAUGUCAGACAUCAAACGGGCCGGAAGUCUUCACGAGUUCUUGUUGGACUUACAUAAGCAGUUUGGUUCCAUAGUCUCAUUCUGGAUCGGCCGAGAAUAUAUCGUCAGUAUCUCUUCACCAGAACUCUUCAAAGAACAUCAGGGAGUCUUUGAUAGACCUCCAAGCUUGUUCAAAAUGUUUGAGCCUCUGAUCGGCCCAAAGUCACUUCAGUUUGCUAACAAAAGUGAUGGAAGAACAAGACGCCAUGUGUAUGAUGGAGCAUUCUCCCACGACACGAUAAAAAGUUACUACCAAACCUACCAGGAUGUUUCGGACGCGCUGACUAAGAAGUGGUCAUCCCUGGUCAAGGAAGAACACGUUCCACUGUCGAUCCACAUGUUAGCGUACUCUCUGAAGAUAUCCCUCCUCACAAUGUUUGGAGAAACAUUUUCUGAUGAUAAAGACAUCCUAGAGUUUCAGCACUGUUAUGAUGUUGUCUGGUCAGAGAUGGAGAGACGAUUGACAGAAAAUGAACCGGAGGAGGGCAGUCCAAGGGCAAAGGCAUUUGAGGAAGCACUUAAGAACGCUCAGUCUCUUAUUGCAAAGGUUGUAAAACAUCGUCGUGACGAUCCACCAAUCCAGGGCAAGGAACUACUUAUAGACUUUGUAAUUAAACAUUCCGGUGGUGACGACGAGCUAAUUACUAGUGAUGCCAUCACUUACACUGUCGGAGGUUUUCACACAACAGGCAAUGUACUUACCUGGGGUUUCUAUUUCCUGGCUACCCACCCCGAGGUACAGGAGAAAGCGUUCCAGGAAAUCAAAAAGGAACUCCGAAACCAGGAAGUCGAUCAUACCAACAUCGACAGUCUCCCCUAUAUACGACAGAUUGUAGAAGAGACAUUACGAUGUGCUGUUAUCGCCCCAUAUGCUGCUCGGUUUCAAGAUUUUGAUUCGGAACUUGGAGGACACAAGAUUCCAAAGAAUACGCCUGUGAUCCACGCCUUAGGAGUAUCACUGAGUAAUGAAAAGUAUUGGCCCCUGCCAAAUAAAUUUGACCCGGAUCGCUUCAGUCCUGAAAACAUAAAGAAUAGACCGCCCUUGUCGUUCCAGCCAUUUGGAUUUGCCGGAAAACGUGUUUGCCCAGGAUAUCGAUUUGCAUAUGCAGAGGCAACAGUCUGUCUGGUGACCUUGCUAAGAAAAUUCAAAAUCAAAUUAGUUGACGGUCAGGUGGUCAACCCCGUUCAUGGACUGGUCACUCAUCCAGAGGAAGAAAUAUGGAUCAAACUUGAAAAGCGAUGAUUUUUAUUGUCAAUUCCAUAAAAUGGAAACAUGCUAGAAAUAUGGAGAGUGGGGACGAAGGGAUUUGUUUGUUCGGGAUUUUUCAUAAAUACUUCAGACUAGCUGAAGCAUAGUGUACUGCUGCAAGAGGACUGUUGAUCGACACGAAAGACAAUAUUUUCUGGUUUGUCGUGAACUCAAGAAUUACUUAUCCACAUUGAUGCAUAUAUAUAUACAUACUUGUUUAUUUAUCUUAAAGUAAAACUAUUGAGUAGUUGUCUUCAAAAUUAUUCAUUAUACAAAUUUUAUCCUGAAAUUUUUUUAACAAAGUGUAUAAAAUAUCUAAUUAUGAUUAUUAAAAAUUGAUCUGUGUUAAGAUUUGUCAAAAGAUUCUGUUAAUUCCUCAUAUUGGAAAAUGCCAUUACUUCCUGUAGUCUCAUUGGUCAGAUUAUAAUCAUAUGCAGUAUUAACAUUUACACUACAGCCCCACUAUAUAACUUUACCAAGCUCACUUGGAAGUAGAGUCCAUAACUUCCAAAUCUUUAUCAUGACGUCAUUAUUAUAGUGACAUCAUAAUUGUCACGUCGGCGAUAACGAAAGAUAUUGUUGAAAAGGCUGUUCUGUCUUUGACGAUAAUAAUUUGUUCAUUCAUUAUCAGAGUAAAAUUCCUGGAUAUAGUCUUUCAAAUUCGUUGUCAAAUUUAGAUAUAAGCAUUGAACUGCUUUCAUUUGGAAGUUAUGGGCUGAUGAAUGCCAACUGGACAAAGGCAAAUUUAAUGAAGCGCACAUGAAAUAGAGGUCUGUGAAACACAAUAUUGACUUUAUAUUACCAUUUUGUAGAAAAGUUCUUAUUUCAUAACAGUCCUCUUCACUAAAUACAGUACUAUUUUCUUUAUCAGAAAUUUUUGAUCUAUCAGUUUCACCAAAUGUAGUGCUCAAGUAGUAUCUAGUCAUAUUUUAAACUUUUUCAUUUUCUUCAAAGCUUUCUGUUAAAGUUUGAUGAAUUAUUUUUAUCAAAGAAUCUCAUUCACAAAUAGCAACAAAAUUCAGGAUGGCCGAGAUAGAGAGGAGGUCAAAUGUUAGUGAUGUCAAGAUAUGCCAGCUAGCUUAAUAAUUAUGCUGCCUUUAGUGUAGCCUUUUUCUGUUAGAUUUACAUAGUAAACUCAUUGAAAAUAAUACUAUAUGAUUAUCUCAAAAACAUCUAGUCUUAAUUGGUCUACCUGCCUAUGUCUACCUUUAUACUGUAGAAAGACUUAUUGGUGCACUCAAUUUUUUACACAUUUUUGAUAAUUAAGGGCAUUGAUGAAAAUAGUAUAUAUAGAAAGGGCUAAUAGUGCAAUCAUAAUUAAGUGAAAUGCUUUCAGCAUAAAAACACUAAAACAAGAUUACCGCUUAAAUAACUAUGUUUUGAUGUUUUAUCAACUAUUAAUUUACAUUGGUGACUUAAAAAUUCUAUACUUUUAUACUGUAAACUUGCUUUAUUUGGCAUGCUCUUUUAGCAUAUUUAACAAAAUUUCACAAAAUUUCACAAGGAAGUGCAUUGAUGACUGUGAUUGAAUUACCGAAAAUGUAGUUUCUAUGGAAACAGAUCGUGUUGAUAGUGCUAUAAAUAGCGCAAUGGUUCCUGAGUGAAAGCUGCUUAAAAGAGUACUGCUGGAAUAAGUAACUUUACAGUGAUUAAUAGGUGUUCACAUAAUUUAGUAUCUAUAUGUACCUACAUGUGUAGCGGAGCUGGACUUGGUCGAUCAUUUGUGACCAGGUCGCACAAUUGGUAUAGCAUCGGCCAGUGGUCAGAGGUCCCGGGUUCGAACCCCUGUCUGCCCGUGCAUUUUUCCACUCCUGCCAGACAUGUACAUAUAUAUCUGUAGUAUUCCCAAUUUUGAUUAAUCAACUAUUUAUACCAGAAUAUAAAAUACGAUGAUGUCAGAAUAACAUGUGUAAUUAUGUUUACCUAAUUUGGUUCUUGAUUCAGAAAUUACUAUAGAACAAAUUAAGGAAGAUAUAUGUGAUUACAUGCAUGUAAUUCUUGGUUUUGGUUAAUUAUUUUGAUUAGUUCUAAAUGAAGAUAUGUAUCUGAUAUCAUUUGUUCUUCACAAUUUCAUACUUUAUGAGUUAGUGCUUAAUGGCCAAAGAUUGGUGCUUUUUCACAUAUUAAACUUAUUAUGUAGAUA